AGUUGUAAGUUGUACUUGUAGAGUUAUUUGUCUUUACGAAGUAAAAGUUAGGCACUCUUUCUCAGUUUCUCUUCUCCCUCUUUUCUGAUUUCCUCUUUCUCUUUUCUUCUUACACAUUCACUCAGAAAGAAACUUAAAAAGCAAACUCUCAUCUAAUCGCAUCAAUCAAUCAUCGAUAACCAAUCCGCAUUUUCCGCAAUGGAUUCCCGCUCAGUUCCACCACCAUCAAACAUGAUGGUGGGACCCACAUCUUAUACUCCAACUAACUCCUCCAUGAUCAGCCCUAAUUCCUCCACCAACAUCAUGGCUCCCGCCACCGCACGAUUUCCCUUCAACUCGCCGCAAACCUCGGAGCCUUUCUCCGUCACACACGACGGUCCCUCUUCUCCAUCCGCCCUUGCUAAGAAGAAGCGUGGCCGGCCUAGGAAAUACUCUCCCGACGGUAACAUUGCCCUUGGUUUAGCUCCCACACAUGUUUCUUCUCCCGUCGCUGCUACCUCCGCUUCCGCCGGUGAUUCCGGCGCCGGUGAUGCUCCUCCGAAGAAGCAUAGGGGUAGACCCCCUGGCUCCGGGAAGAAGCAGUUGGAUGCGCUUGGAGCUGGUGGAACUGGAUUUACUCCACACGUAAUCUUGGUGGAGUCUGGUGAGGACAUUACAGAAAAAGUUAUGGCCUUUUUUCAGAUAGGGCCUCGGACAGUUUGUAUUCUUUCUGCCACCGGUGCAGUCUGCAAUGUAACCCUUCGGCAGCCAGGAUUAUCUGGAAGUAUUACAAGAUUCGAGGGGAAAUUCGAGAUUGUAUCGUUAUCAGGUUCGUUGAGGCUAUCUGAAAAUAAUGCUGAACAUAACAGAACAAGCAGUUUAUACGCUUCCCUUGCGGGGUCUGAUGGACGAGUUUUUGGUGGUGCAGUUGCUGGAACGCUAACUGCAGCGUCAACUGUUCAGGUCAUUGUGGGUAGCUUUAUUUUGGAUCGGAAAAAGUCAAGCUCAAGUAUGCUGAAAUCUGGGCCUUCUUCAGAACCAACAUCCCAAAUGUUGCACUUUGGGGCACCUACGACACCAACUAGUCCUACUUCUCAAGGGCCUUCUACCGAGUCCUCGGAGGAAAAUGAUCAUAAUAGUAAUUUUAGUAGGGGGCCUGGACUCUACAAUAAUGCCAAUCAGCCUGUUCAUCACAAUAUGCAGCAGAUGUAUCACCAUCCACUAUGGGCUGGCCAAACUCAUCAGUGAAGAAGAUUUGACUUCGGAUUAACAGUGCAGAAUCAGGGUAUUUGUUGUAUGAUUAUUCAAAGUGUAGUGUCUAGAGGAUAAGUCUAAAAUGGUACAUGCAUUAUUAAGGACUGAGUUUAGAACAGUCUAUAUUAAGGUUUAAGUUAAUCUCUCCAUCAUUCAGCCAAUUAGAAUUUUUUGUUCAUGUAUCUUAUAAUUAUGUGUAAUUGUAGUGAUUCUAAUGAUGCUAGCCAUGGAUAUGCUCUCAGCAUUACCCAAAUUCUAUCAUUUUGGAGUUUGUUGUCUGUGCUCAGCGAAAUAGCGAAAUCAGUUAUGUGCUUUUACCCAUUCA